AUGGCCAGCUACAACACUUGUACAGAAGUCACGCCCUUGUGCCCCGUCGAAGCUACAACGUACGGUUACUACCCCAACUAUGGUGGUAACAUCUUCUUCGCGGUCUUUUAUGGCAUUUGCGGCGUAUUUCAACUCGGUUUCGGCAUCUAUUUCCGCUCGUGGACGCUGAUGGUGGCGCUGGUGGUCGGCACGCUUCUCGAGAUGGCGGGUUAUAUCGGUCGAGUAUUGAUGAAUAAAAAUCCUUGGGAUGGCGGCGCGUUCAAGUUGCAAAUCGUGGCGAUUAUUCUGGGGCCAACGUUCAUCGCGGCGGGCAUCUACCUCACCUUGAAGCACAUCAUCCUUUCGCUGGGACCGGAACACUCGCGCCUCAAACCGAAAUUGUUCACCUGGAUCUUCAUCGGCUGUGACAUUGGGUCUCUGAUUUUGCAGGCGGCUGGUGGUGGUGUGGCGGCUGCUGCUGGAAGUGACCAACAGGAUCUUCUGAAUGCAGGAAAUGACAUUAUCAUCACGGGUAUAGCGUUCCAGGUCGCAACCAUGUCCGUCUGUGGAGUGUUGGCUCUGGACUUUUUCAUCCGUUAUCUUCGUCGUAGCUCGGGAGAGAAGGCUCUGGACGGUGGGAACGGACGGAACAAUAUCAAGCUGGUGGUUAUCGCAGAUAUAUUUGCCUACUUUACGGUCUUAAUUCGGUGUAUCUAUCGUAUCCCAGAGAUGGCAGGCGGAUGGGGGAACCCCUUGAUGCAAAAGGAGGACGAGUUUCUGGUUCUGGAUGGAAUGAUGGUUGCCUUGGCGGUAUUGGCCUUGACAGUUUUCCAUCCCGGAUUCUUCCUCCCAUCCUUGAGGAAGGGGAGCAAAAACAUGGAAGCCGCCUGA